AUGGGGUUGCUUUUGGUUGACUCUGGGGCGGUUGUAGCGGACAUUUUCGGAUGUUGGUUUAUUGGCAGUUCUGUUGAACCGUUUGAACUGCCCACUGAGUUGAUUUGUAGUACACCCAAACUUCAGGGGGCUUUUACUAAGCUGACGAGCGGCCUGCGUGAAUUCACCCUACAAUCCUUUGACGAGAACGUCCUGGCCGAGUUUGUCGAGCUUCCUGAGGACGCCCUUGGUGCACAAGUCAAGCCCAGCCCGGCCGCAGCGGGAACCGAGGCUGGCUCCGUUGGUGGGCUGUGGUACAGUCAGAUCCUUUGCGGGGUCAUCAGGGGCGCACUAGAAAUGGUCAUCUAUAUCCUCUGCGUCUAUCAAAUCCUGCUUGUCGGUAUGGCUGUCGAAGCCAAAUUUGUCUCUGAUGUCCUUCGUGGCGACGAUACAACUGAGAUCAAAGUGAGACUGAUCAAGUACUUGGACAAUGAAGUACCACAAGGAGAUGAUUGA